UCGAUGGACGUGCCCGAGUGCGUUGCUGCUGUUGCUGCUUAGGCGAUCGGCGGCAUCCUAAAAGGUUGAUGACCAUGGUGGCCAGGACCUGCUGUCUACUAGUGCUGCUGCUUUAUCACACACUGCUAGGGGGCUCUGCCAGCCUCAUCCCCGAGGUGGGUGACCGGCGAAGGUUCAGUGCUGAUUUGGGCCAGCCGGCUCCGCUGCAGCUUUCGGAAGAAAUCCUGCGUGAAUUUGAACUGCGUCUGCUCAAUAUGUUUGGGCUUAAGCGGCGGCCCACCCCAACCCAGAAUGCUAUUAUCCCUUCCUAUAUGUUGGAGCUCUACCAUCUGCACACGAGUCAGAAGCCAACUUCCAUGGACUAUAGUCUAGAGAAAGCGAGCAGCAGAGCCAAUACUGUCAGGAGCUUUUAUCAUGAAGAAACCCUGGAAGAGCUUCCAGAAAGAAGUGGGAAGACAUCUCGGCGUUUCUUCUUUAACUUAACAUCUGUCCCUGAUGGGGAGAUGAUCACUUCAGCUGAACUCCAGAUUUUUCGGGAGCACAUCCUAGAUGCCGCUGAACACGACGGCAGUUCUCAUCACCGAAUUAAUAUUUAUGAAAUCCUCAAACCAGAACAAGAGACUACCAAGGACCCUGUCAUAAGCCUCCUGGACACCCGCUUGGUUCAUCACAACGCCAGCAAAUGGGAAACGUUUGAUGUCACGCCAGCUGUAAAGAGAUGGAUUGCGCUUGGGCAACCUAACCUUGGCUUUGUGGCAGAAGUGGUACAUUUGAACAAUGCCAGCAACAUCUCCAAGAGACAUGUCAGGAUCAGCAGGUCAUUGCAUCAAGAUGAUGCUAGCUGGUCUCGGAUUAGACCCUUACUGGUCACUUUUGGGCAUGACGGCAUGGGCCACCCGCUCCAUAAGAGAGAGAAACGUCAGGCCAAACAUAAACAACACCGCAGGCGCCAUAAAUCCAAUUGUAGAAGGCAUCCUUUAUAUGUGGAUUUCAAUGAUGUAGGGUGGAAUGACUGGAUCGUGGCCCCUCCAGGUUACAGUGCCUUCUAUUGCCAUGGAGAGUGUCCCUUCCCAUUGGCAGAUCAUCUGAAUUCCACCAACCAUGCCAUUGUUCAGACGCUGGUCAAUUCUGUGAACUCCAAAAUUCCCAAAGCUUGCUGCGUGCCGACAGAACUAAGUCCCAUUUCGAUGCUGUAUCUUGACGAGAAUGAAAAGGUGGUACUAAAGAACUAUCAGGACAUGGUUGUGGAAGGAUGUGGGUGCCGCUGAGGCAGCAGCAGCUGCAGCAAAAUUAAAGAGACAAAUGGAACAG